AUGUCAGUUUUAGCAGCACUUUUAAGUAUACUUGGUAAUAUAAUAUCUACCGGUACAGCAUUUUCACCAUUAAAAAAAUUUUUAGAAAUCGACAGAAAUAGAGAUGUGGGAUCUAUGAAUAUUUAUCCCAUUAUAGCAUUGUGCGGCAACUCUUUAUGUUGGGUGGUUUAUGGCACAAUUAUAAAAAACAUAUCAAUUAUACCCGUCAAUGUCAUUGGUUUAUUAAUUACAAGUUAUUUCAUUAUUGUUUUUAUUUCAGCAACAAGUGAUUUAAAAAGACGUCGUUUGGUUACAGGUGUUUACUUUGGAUAUUUAACAGCCCUAACAGUCUAUCACUUAUUAAUCAUUUUUUAUGUAUCUUUAGAAACUCAAAAAACUAUAUUUGGUUAUACUUGCAAUGUAGCUGUUUUAAUUUUUUAUGGGUCACCAGUUUUAUCAUUAUAUGGUGUUAUAAGGUCAAGAGACAGAAGUGUUAUUAAUUUACCUCUAGCAUUAAUUUCUUGUUUUGCAGGUAUUGUUUGGACUUUUUAUGGUCUAUUAGUCAAAGAUAAAUUUAUAUUUUUACCAAAUGCAAUUGGUGCUUCAUUAUCAGCUAUUUCAUUGGUUGUUUAUUUCGGUGUUGGUUACUUUAAUACAACUCAAUACAAAAUACCACCAAAUGGUCAAUCUCAAGACGGGGCCAAUCAAAAUGUUUCAUUAAUCCACCAAGAUGGAAAUGCAAUUAAUGAUACUUCCAAUACUUUAGGUUUUGAUGAAGAAAACAAAAUAUAA